AUGGCGGACUUUAAGGAGGGAGAUUGGCAUUGCGGGCAAUGCGGCGAUCACCAGUUCGCCCGCAACGCGGCCUGCCGGAAGUGCGGCGCUGCACGGCCGGAGGCCGGCGGCGGUCCGCCGGCGCGGCCCACAAUGUCGGCGCAUGCGGGCGGCGGCGGCGGUGGGUUUCAGGAGGGCGACUGGAAUUGCCAGCAAUGCGGGGACCACCAGUUCGCUCGCAACGCCUCCUGCCGGAAGUGCGGCGCCGCAAAGCCGGACCCGAACACUUUGGCGAUGCCCACGCAGACGCUGCAGCAGGCGGGGCUUCCGGCGUCCGACUUCCAGGCGCAGCUGGUGCAGUUGGCCCAGAUCCAGCAGCUCCAGCAGCUACAGCAGCUGCAGCAGCUGCAGCAGCUCCAGCAACUCCAGAAGAUGGGCAUCGCCGUGCCGGGCCUUGCCGCAGCCUUGCCCGCCGUCACGGCGCUUGCGAGCCCUGCAGCUGGGGGCGCCAUGCCCGGAGAUUGGAACUGCCCGGAGUGUGGGGAUCACCAGUUCGCGCGCAACGCCAGCUGCCGGCGCUGCGGAGCCGCGCGGCCUGCUCCAGGCGCCGCGCCGGUGAUCCGCGCGGCUUCCACGGCGGAUACCUCGGGCUUCAAAGAGGGUGAUUGGCUUUGCGCUGCGUGCGGAGACCAUCAGUUUGCGCGCAACGCGAGCUGCCGCAAGUGCGGCGCUGCCCGGCCGGCCACCGCCACAGCAGUCCCAGAAGCGCGGCCGCGGCCCACCUCCGCCACCGCCUUCGUCGGCGACUGGAAGUGCCCGCUCUGCGGGGACCACCAGUUCGAGCGCAACACCUCCUGCCGGAAGUGCGGGGGACCAAAGCCGUUGCUGGGCAGCAGCGGAGGCCCUGCUAUUUUCGGCCCUGCAGCCACGCUGCUGGCGGACAUCCAGUCCCGCGCCGGGCAGACCGCCUUGCCAGGCGGCACUGGGGGCUUCAAGCCGGGAGACUGGACCUGCCCUGGGUGCGGGGAUCACCAGUUCGGGCGCAACGAAACCUGCCGCAAGUGCGGCAGCGCCAAGCCGCUUUUGUCCAGCAACAACCAGGCCAUGAAACCCGGAGAUUGGGUCUGCCCCAACGAGGCGUGCAAGGACAUGCAGUUCGCCAGGAACGACUUCUGCAGGAAGUGCGGAACCCCGAAGCCUGACGACCCCGACCGCUCCCGCAGCCCCGUCCGCUGCCCGGGGCCCCGGGGCUCGGGCAAGGAGACGGGCGGAUGGGCUUCUGGCGGGCUGGGCGACGGGGAGAAUGGAGAUGCCGGAAUUGGGCGGACGGCCUCGGGUUUGGGGCUCGGAGGUCCGGGAGAGUUGGGUGGGGUGGGUCCGCGGGUGGGCGGCAUGGGCAAGGAGGUGCCGCCUUUGGUUCACAGGCCCUGCACAGCGGACGUCUUCAUCCACUUCAGCCCAGGGGGCGACCAGCAAAACAUCCCUUUGCUGGCCACACCUCCAGCGGCGGGGGACCGGGCUUUCAGGCUCCAUCGGCCGGGCUGCCUUUUGGCCAUCGGCAGUUCGAUGGCCAAAGGCCGCCUUGGUCGUUUCAUCUUGGCGCUCUGUGCGGUCCGCGGCCUCUCCGCGGUGAGCCAUGCCAAGCACCAACACGGCGCCAAGCGGGCUGCGGUGUCCGUGAGCCUUCGCCGGAGCCUGUUUGAGGCCAAAGCCAAAGAGAAGCCGGACUCACUUUUGGUCUUUCUGAAAUACAGCUGGGUGUGUCUCAAGAUAAAUCCCCGAACUGAUGGGUUUCCCUCUGUUCCUUUGACGUUUUCGGCGGUCAAAAGCUGCGCGAUGGCCAUGGCGCUGGCGCCGGCGCCGCUUCGCUUGCAGCUGGAGGGCUCCCACAGCCUCCGCGCCGCGGGCUCCGGGUCCUUUGGUCCCAAGCCCAGGCCGCUUCGCUCGGCUCGCUGGGCGCUCUUCGCUCUGGCGCCGAAGCUGGCGGCGCGGCGCGUGGGGGGCUUCCGGGCGAAGGGGCGGCGGGCCAAGGUGGCCCUCCGCUCCAGUCCGGAUGUGGUGUGGCCCAUGCCGGAGGCGGACAAGAAGACUUUGCGCCAGGUGGUGCUGGUGCAUCGGCACGGCACCCGCUUUCCCACCAAGCCCUCGGGCGCAGGGAAUUUGGGCUGGCCAGUGCGCGCCCAAUUCUGGGAGAGCUACAAGGGCCAUUUGACGCCCGUGGGAGCCAAGACGCUCACAGACACAGGCGCGGUUCUCAAGAAGCGCUAUUUGGGCAACGGCUGCCGUCUUUUCGAGGAAGUCAAGAAGAUUGACGGGCGUGCCGUCACGGUGUAUACCUCCAAUGUGCAAAGAACCUUGCAGAGCGCUUGGUCUUUGCUCUUGGGUCUGGUGCCCGGGGCCUCGAUUUUCUUCGCCUUCCGCUCGGAGCGGGUCUUCGCCCAGGCGCUGAAGCAGCAGGUGGGGGUGCCGAUCUAUGUGGAAGACGCGUCAGAGGGAGACGACCGGCUGUUUCACGAGUGGAAGCUGGACAAGAAGGCCUACAAGAAGUGGAGCAAGGAGAACCUGACGCGAUCAGAGUUUUUAAUGUCGGCCAAAGAUGACCCGGAAUACAUCGCCCUGCUCGACAAGCUGCAGGAGCGCUUGCAGGAGCCAAAGCUGGCUCGAGGGGAUGGUUUGGAGCGACUGGUGGCAGCCAAGGACAUCGACACCCAGGUGAUGAUCGAGGAGUCCCACAACAGGCCGAUUCUGCCCAACGAGUUCGGAGAGGAGCUGGCUCCGAAGGAGCAGGCGAUGCUGCGGAAGAUUGGCGACGAAGUGAAGAGGUGCUGGUUUGGCAACGCGGAGGGCGAGGUGAAGCGAUCCUAUGGCGCGCAGGCAGCGGGCUACCUGGCGCACAAGAUCUGGCGGCAUUUGGAUGAGCGCGCCACCGGAGUGUGCCACCAGCGCUUUGUGCAGUUCUCUUGCCACGACACCACCAUGUGUGCGCUGGCGGCCCACUACGGCAUCGAGCUGGACAAGAUCGGCUUUGGGGCCUUCUUCGCCUUGGAGCUGCACCAAGACUCGGAGGGCUCGCACUUCGUGAAGUUCUACUACAACAGCCUGCCGGACCUGGGCGCCCCAUCUUACGAGCACUUGGAGAGCCUGGUGCUGCCCCUGAACCGAGAGGAGAGGCUCAGGCCCAUCAAGGAGUGCGAGAGGGGCGCCAUGAAGCUGGCCGACCUGGAGGCGCACUGCCGCAUCGAGGGCCUGGAGGAGAGCUUCGAGUCCUUCGUGAAGCUGCUGGGCCGCGCGGACCUGGGGCCCACGCGCAGCGACCUGGAGCAGCUGCUGGCGGGGAAGCAUGACUGGCACACCUUCGAGGAGUGGAAGGAGCUUUAUGACGAGGACUUCCGAGGCUUCGACCAGAACAGCGACGGCAUGCUCUGCAAGUCGGAGAUGCAGGACGCCUUCUUCAGCUGGUACGGCGUGCGAGGAAAGAUCACCGACUUGAUCUUCCACCUGGUGGAUCGCGAGCCAGAGACGGAUGCCCUAUCUGAGGAGGACGUCUACUUGGCCAUGUUCGCCUUGGUGGGUGUGCGUGGCAGCAUAUCAGGGAAGACAACAGGCAGUGACGGCCUUUUCAACGAGCUGCCAGAUGCCGUGCGGGAUGAGGAUCCCAAUGCUCGAGGUGGCGGAUCUGUCACCAAGCUCAUGACUGCGGCGAACCAAGGGGACGUGAACCGCAUCCGCGCGCUCGUGGACAUGGGCGGUGACGUGAACGCCCAGGAUGACUUCGGGUGGACUCCCCUGCGUUUCGCCGUGAGGAAGCGCCACUCAGAGGCGGUUCAGGAGCUGAUCCGGGCUUCGGCGGAUGUGAACCUCUGCUCGAAUUCGGGGAGAACGGCGCUGAUGUCCGCGGUGGCCAAUAAUGCGCCAAACAUCGUCCAAUCGCUGGUGGAGGCCGGGGCCGACCUCACCGCCAAGAAUGGCGAUGGCCUUUCUGCCUACGACAUCGCAAGCCGGGGUGGUGGAAUGGGCAGCUCAGUGAUCCGCGGCUUAGUGGACCCUAAGUCCAGUUUAAUUGCCUCUAGGCCUUGACAGAAAAACCUUUGGCCGAGAAUUUGAAAGAGGUACAUCCAGACUCCAGAAAGCUCGUAACAAAUCAGCUGUCCGGUUC